AUGACCUACCCGACCCUGGACACUAUCAUCCUCAACGCAGGCGUCCAGCGCAGCGUAGACUUCACCGCUCCAUCGUCCAUCUCCCUGCCGUCCGUAGCCUCGGAGCUCACCACAAACUACCUCGCUCCGGUACACAUGAUCACUCUUUUCCUGCCUCAUCUACAGUCCCUCCGGUCUUCCACCACAACCACGGGCUCCUCCAUCAUCCUCGUCUCCUCGGGCUUGGCCCUUGUCCCGAUACCCCGCUGCCCAAACUACUGCGCCACCAAGUCCGCCCUCCAUUCCCUCGCCUGGUCUCUCCGCUCCCAGCUCGCCGCCCAUGAGCCGUCUUCCCAUAUCCGCGUCGUCGAGGUCGUGCCCCCCGCCGUCCGGACCGAGUUGCACUCACAGCAACCCGACCUUGUCGCGGCGGGCCAGGGCGACUUCGGUAUGCCUCUAGACGAGUUCACCGAGGAGACGUGGGCGGCGUUGGAGAAGGGGGAGGAGGAUGAGAUUAUUGUCGGGCCGGCUAAGAAUUUUGCCUAUGUAGAGAAGGAUAGGAGAAUACUGUUUGAGAAGAUGGCCGAGUCGUUCAAGAAGGGCAACACAGCGUGA